CCGCGGCCUUCAUUCCUCUCCUAAAGGUCUCUGCUUUCCCAGGAACGGGGCCAAACAUGAUGAGGCUCCAGGAGGCGCUGACGUUCCAGGAUGUGGCUGUGAUCUUCACCGAGGAGGAGCUGGGGCUGCUGGAGCCUGCCCAGUGGAAGCUGUACCAGGAUGUGAUGCUGGAGAACUUCCAGAACCUUCUCUCCUUGGUGUCCCAGUGUUUCACACCACAGCUUAUAUUCCAUUUGGAGCAAGAGCAGGAGCUGUCCAUGGUGGACUCAGAAGCUGUGCGAGAAGAGAGUUCAGGUGGUCAACUAUCGUGCAGUUUACAAUGUCCCGAGCACUUUAGCACUGUCGAGAUCAACGGCAUCGUG